CAGGCUAGAGGUAGCGUAAAAGCCCUACACAGUAAAGUAACGUUCAGCUAAAUUAGCUUCAGAGUUAGCCAGAUAAUCUCCUCUCCUACUCCAGUCAGCAUUUAGCCAGCUAGCUCGCACCGCUUCAAAUCAAGCUGAGAGGAAUUUACAAACGCUGUGAUAACUUUGUAUCGUUAGCAUUUUAUUGGCAUUACUUUACCCUUUAUCCACUUCGUAUUAACCCACCUUUAAAAGUUAGUUUAAGUCGUUUAACUGCCGCCCCGAGAGAAACAUGGCCUCCCAAAACUCAAAAUGUCAUUGCAUCGCAGGCAAAUCCCAUGCUAAGCUAAACGGCUAACGUUAGCUAGCGUUAGCAUGCUUGUUAGCAAGUUUGCAACUUUGGCUGUCAGCAUUUAAUUACUGCAUUAAUUUAAAGCUCUGGCUGGCACGUGCCUGGUUAAUGUUACAUCAUCUAAGGCUCCAAAUAAAGGGCUAACUCUUCUGGAUCCCACUGUGCAUGAAGCUCUCCUGAGGUUGUGGUGUCUAAGUGCUGCGUGUCCCAGCUCUUCCUGCCUCUCAUCAUGUCCUCCACCUCCUCCUCCUACUCCUCCUCCGGGGAGACUAGUCCGGAGGAUGUACCCCGAGGUGGGGGCACCAUCCGAGUCUACCUCCCCAACAAACAGAGGACAGUGGUGAAUGUUCGCCGAGGACAGACUGUCUAUGAGAGUCUAGAUAAAGCCCUCAAAGUGAGAGGCCUGAGCCAAGACUGCUGUGCUGUAUUUCGCCUUCUAGAGGGUCGAAAGAGACUGACAGAUUGGGACACAGACAUCACUCCACUGGUUGGAGAGGAGCUUUUAGUCGAGGUCCUGGAUGAUAUUCCCCUUACCAUGCACAACUUUGUACGGAAAACCUUCUUCAAGCUGGCUUACUGUGAUUUUUGCCACAAGUUUCUCUUUAACGGCUUCAGAUGUCAGACAUGUGGCUACAAAUUUCACCAGCAUUGCAGUAGCAAGGUCCCUACUGUGUGUGUGGACAUGGACACUGUGAGCAAACGAUGUGAUCCUAGUCCCUGCACAGAUGAGUACCCACGGAUACUAUUGCCAGAUAAUUCCCCGUCACAGAGCAACCUAGCCUUAACCCCAGAGCCUGCUGGGAUGGACCUCCUGUCCCCGACCUUUCGCUUCCCCAUGCCGGGUGGUGAUGGCCAGUCUCUCCAGAGGCAUCGCUCCACCUCCACUCCCAAUGUUCAUAUGGUCAGCACAGUGGGCCCUGCUGGUGCCAGCAUCAUAGAGGAAGCACUGAAAUUCAACAACACAAUGGGUCCUGAGCCCUCACCAAAGCCCUCCACCAGCCCACCCUCUUCUCUUGGCUCCCCGGGAAGGAGACCGCCCAAGUCUCCCUCAGAGCACAAGGAGCGCAAGCCCUCCUCAUCAGAUGACAAAAAGAAAGUGCACCGAGGAGGCUACAGAGACUCAAGUUACUACUGGGAGGUCCACUCUCGAGAAGUCACCAUUCAGAAGAGAAUAGGUGCUGGCUCCUUUGGAACAGUCUUCAAGGGCAAGUGGCACGGAGACGUGGCAAUCAAGAUCCUUAAAGUCACCGAGCCAACACCUGAACAGUUGCAGGCCUUCAAAAAUGAAAUGCAGGUCUUACGGAAGACCCGCCAUGUCAACAUCCUGCUGUUCAUGGGCUAUAUGACUAAGCCCAACUUUGCCAUCAUCACACAGUGGUGUGAAGGCAGCAGCUUGUACCGCCAUCUGCAUGUCACAGAAACCAAGUUUGACACUAUGCGUCGCAUUGAUGUGGCCAGACAGACAGCACAGGGCAUGGAUUAUCUUCAUGCGAAGAACAUAAUUCACCGAGAUCUGAAAUCAAACAAUAUUUUUCUCCACGAGGGCUGGACUGUUAAGAUUGGUGACUUUGGCCUGGCCACAGUGAAGUCUCGGUGGAGUGGCUCUCAACAGGUAGAACAGCCCAGUGGAUCCAUUCUGUGGAUGGCUCCUGAGGUGAUCCGAAUGCAGGACAGCAACCCAUAUACAUUCCAGUCUGAUGUAUAUGGCUAUGGAGUGGUGCUGUUUGAGCUGAUGUCAGGGACCUUGCCUUACUCCAAUAUCAACAACAGAGACCAGAUAAUCUUUAUGGUUGGACGUGGUUACUUGUCUCCAGACCUCAGUAAGCUGUAUAGUACCUCACCCAAGUCAAUGAAAAGGCUUAUCAUUGACUGCCUGAAGUUCAAACGUGACGAGAGGCCCCUGUUUCCCCAGAUCCUGGUAGCAAUUGAGCAGGUUCAAGACCUGCUGCCAAAAAUCGAGAGGAGUCGCUCAGAGCCGUCGCUCCAUCGGGCCGUCCACGCUGAGGACCUGAAUCCCCUUCUGUUCCACACCACCAGGCUGGUGCCCCUCUAAGCUCCCCACAGUAUGGGGCAGAGAAGUCACCUGUCUAAAACCAUCACAGUGUGAGGCAUUUGGGUGUCUCAGAGAGGCCACAGGCUGACUGUCCUGACAGACCACAACCCCCAACUCACUUCCUGCCCCUGCAGAGCCCCGGAGCUGCAGCACUCAGCGCAAAACUCAGUAACUGCAGAAAUAACCGUAACACUUUUAGUCUGAUGGUGAAUCUUCUGUUCUUUUAUAACAUGACAAAGAUCUGCUCAUUAAGGGAUGUAAUUAUCUACUGUAUCUAGAAGGAUGUUAAAAUGCCUCUGAUCAGUCCGUUUGCGAAAGUCAUCAAACUGGUUAAGGUGAAUUACAUAUUCUGACCUACUAGGAAGCAUUUUUAGUUGGUUUUCAUAAAAGGUAAAGACAGUUUGGCACCAACCCUGCAAAAGUGUGUGCCCAUUUUCAGGAAUAAAUUAGUCUUACUCAGACCUUUGAGGAGCACUGUGAUUAUAGCCAAAACAUUUAAAUCAGGUCAACAGUCCAGUGCCAGAGCUGCUGGUUCAAGUCACCUGAUCAGCUCACAUAUUUCAAAUGCUCUGUUGUCAUGCGCCCCUUUCAGUCUAAUGCGAUGGGAGAUCUGAGAUGUGAAGCUAGUGAUUUGAAAGCAGACUCAAUGCUUAGUUACCUUGGUAAAAAGUGUCUCUGCACAUACAGAAAGCAGUGACGGGCUUGAAAACAGAAGUGGUGGAUUUUUGCAACUUAGUAUGACCUCAGAAUAAUUUAUCUGAUUUGGAUAGCUGCACUCAAAUCAUUAAGUUCACCUUGGACCCAUGUUACCAUUAUGUUACAUUAUUGAUGGACUAAAAAAAAAGUUAAACUCUAAAAAGCAUUUGAUAUGUGGAGGUUGAACGGUUAACACAGCAGCACCUGGCCGAAAUGACUGUAGUUCAAAUAAUUAUAUUUUUUUAGAGAUAUGCAUAUGCAUUUGAAUUCACAUAUUCCUGUCUUAAAGGAGUCUUAAACAUUACAGUUUGGAAAAAGUACAUCAACAGGCCAUUAGAUCUCUUUCAGCUUAAAUUGUUUGGACCAAUAUUUUAGUAGUUGAUACAGAAAGGUUUGUCUGACAAUUUGUUGUUAUGAUAUUGAACAUUUCCGAGCCCAAAUCACAGGGCAGAAUAUUAAUCAAUUCUUAUGCAGAUAAAACUACUGUAUUAAGACGGUUGUGGUUUGGGGCUUUAAAUAGACUGAUAGCACAGUGUUGGUCAAUUCUACACAUCCUCUUUAACUGCAACAUUUAAACCUUGUAAAAUUAGCUCACUGUUUUGGUCUGCCCCUCAUACACAGUGUCGGAAAAACAUAUUUACGUGUUUGUGCAGAGCACACCUUAAAAUUCAAGGAGGUACCAAGUCUUUUUGUUCCGCUGAUUCUUUUCUCUAGUUUCAUCAGUGUCAUCACACCCCAGAUCACAGGACUGCAAAUAAGACAGCUUUUACCUGUUUUCUUUUGUCAAUUUUAUCUUCAUGAGGAAUUGACAGACCAUUGUAAGUUCCAUUCUUAAUGUAACUGGUUAGUUGUAUUGCUGCUACUUUUAGUGUUUUCUAUUCAUAUUUUUUCUACACCUCAGAAAUGAGACAGGCUUGGACCGGAGUGCACCUUCAUUGUUCAUAGCUGCAACAGGUCUUUUGCAGUGUAGAUUAGCCAUUGGUUGACACCUCACACAUACAUGCCCACACACAUACUGGUCGUAACACUGUGAGUUACUUGGUUAAAUGAGUCAUACCGAUUUGGAUGCACUGCAGAAGGUGUGAGAAGUGGAAUUAAUUUCCUGCAAAUAAUUGAGGAUUCAGUGUGCUCCAUAUAAACUCGACCGUAUAACGUCGAAUGGAUUAGGGUGACGAUGCACCUUUUUAGAACAGUCUGUCCUCGAAGGCGCUUGUGUUGUUAUCCAUUAUACACACACACAGUGACAAUGAAAAAGACGGCUUGAAAGAAGCUCAAAUCAUGCUUAUUUUCACCUAUAGAUUUUUGGAUUUUUUGUGUCAGAAAAGCAUCAUAAUUGUCUGAUCGCUCUCGAUUCCACUGUUAAUAAAGGAGCUUUAGAUACUGUAGAUGAGUGGGCAAGGACUUGGUUUGAAGAAUGAGUCCUUACAGUUUAAAUGAGCAAAUUAUGCAUCAUCCCAUUGUUCAUGUAGCUAGCUGAUAAGUGAGUAGCAUUAAUGGACCAAAGUUUAGAUCUUUGUUUGUUUGACUUUCAUGCCGUCUUUGUCUUUCAAACAACAGUUGGAGGUGACUGGCUAUAACUCAAUACGUUUACAUGCACAAUUCAAGCUCAAGCUCAUAGCUCGACUUGGCCAUUUAAUUGGACUACUGUCCUUGUCCCAGUACACAAGCACAGGAGGGGAAUUGAUUUAAUGACCGAAAUAUGUUCUUCUCUGAUAGGAUGGGUGGUGAAAUGCCUUGUUAGUAUCGGACCUUUUUUCGGUUGACCUGUUACAUCACAGACCCAUCAAUCAACAAACGUGAGCUAUGGUUAGCUAGCAGCAAACUGGUACUAACAGCUUUGUACAUUUCGUACGUGCUGUACACUUUUACUUUUUGUACAGAUGAGAUGCACGCUGGAUGUAGAUUUCGCCAUGUUACCUGCUUCUUCUUCUGUUACCCAUUUAAUGCUGUUUGACUUCCAGGUCAAAGCCAGAAACUGUGAAGCAUGCGCAGAGCACCUAGGCCAGUUUGGGUUUGAUUGACUGUGUACAUGCAGGAGUAAUUAUACUCCCAGUCACACUGUCUGGAUUUGUUAGUCUGACUUUGAGAAAUUCGAUUUAGUACAAUUUCAGUUGGACUAAUAUGUUAACAUGUAUUUUAAAAGUCCAGUUUUAUUCGGACUAACACAAUAAAUUGAUUUUCUCUAAUGUCAUGUAAACAUACUGACUGUCAACAUCAAAGUCAUUUUGUAAUUUUGUAGACAGGGCUGUUUAAGGAGCUAAAUUAGAUUUGUAAAUGAGGGUGCAUAGAAAUCUGUUGAUGGCCAGGAUGGCACAGUGAUGUGAUGUAGAUUUUGUGAGAUUCUCAAAAAAACAAAAUUAUUAAUUAAAUAUUAAUAAAUAUGUAGAGCUUAAGUAAUUAAUGUGCACUAGAGGCCAUUUGCAAACACUUUGUAACACUGUAAUCAAGUAGCUACCCUGUGCAGUGUACACUGGGAUAGAAAGUGGCCAAGUGGAUUUUAUGAACAGUACAAUUCCCACAUUCCCGCAGAGUGUUUCAUGGCCAAGCUUUUCUUUGUGAAUGCUGGUGGCCUUCCCCUGCUCUCACUUCUGGAGAGGAAUGAAUGAACCAAACCUUGACUUGUUGAUCAUGUUGCUCACAGUGCGAUCUCUGGGUUAGGCCUGUAACCAGUUGCUGUGUCUAAUGACUAAUGUAGUAAAUAGACUCAGUGGGGCAGACAUGUCAGGAUACUGUCACAGACAACAUUCAGUGCUCAGGUGUAUACUGCUUCAUGAUGCAGUCAGUUUCCAAUUGAUGUUUCCAACGCAUAAAACAAGCUGCCUUGCGUAACGAUUAGAUGUUGUUACAAGAAUACUUUAGCCCCCAAAAUGAUCAUUUGUAUAUCAGUUAUUCACCCCAUGUUUUGUUGAAUUAAUGCCUCCACUGUUUAUAAAUGGAUAUUUUGAUACAGCUUAGCAGUUAAAAGCCACCCCUAUGCUCUCAUUCCAACAAGAAUUUUUCUCUUCACUCACUGUGUAGGCAUGUGAGAAAAACAAAGUUUCCUUCAGAAAUUCAACCUAACAGGGGUUGAGUAAUUAAUGCACAACUGAUCAUUGGCAGUGAAUUAUUCCUUUAAAAUAAUGGCUCCAGCUGCAUAAAGAACUUCCUCAGUAAUGAUGGUGGAUUUGUAAUGGUGUGCUGUGUUUUCUGUCAUGGCUGUAGUGUUUUCGAUGUCAGAAGGCCUAAGGAGCCCCAGCUAACAUCACAGUGCUCCUAAAAUUGUUUGAUGAUGACCAUUGCCUCAUUGACAGGAAAGUAGUCCUUCAUGAAACACUGCUCCUGUUCAGAACAAAAUGCAUCAUGGGAUUUAACUCAUCACAGGGAGAUAUUAGUAGGAGUCUUCUUCUUUUGGGACAGGCUGAGACCUUUUGAGGAUUAUAAAUCUAAUCCCAUGCAAAAGCACUGUACACCAAUGUGGAGCUAUGAAUUGCAAGCUUCUUCUGUCAACAGUGACACUAGUGGAAAGUACUACAUUCCUCAAGGCUUUUCACCCCCAUCACCUCUACAAGAUUCAGUUUCUUGAGACAUUGACAUGCCUGAACACAGACUUAAACAAAACUUUAAUAACUUGUAUAACAGAUCAACUAUGUAGUUUUAGUUAGUUUACAGGACCCUUUGCUCCUCCUCAUACUAGACAGUUGACAGUAUAUUGACCCUUUCAGACACAACAGGACAAUAGCACUGCUGCACUCUGAAAUCCAUUCUUUGGGCAGCUGCCACCGCGCUGGGUGCCCUGAACCACGCAGCGAGUGCAGCUCAAAUUGCAGUAAAUUGGUGUAAGUAUAUAAAGCGAGCAGCAGCAGCGAUCCACCAUCUGACACAGCACACCAUGACCACUGACACAGGGGCUCGGCAGGGAGACGAAGAUGAUGUCUGCAGUCAUUUUGACUUGACUAGCGGACUUCACUACAAGCCCACCAGCUGUUGAAAUAGGUGACCAGCCUUAUGUUCUCAACCACCUGCCAGCCAUUUGACCACCUGAGUUGCUGGUGACACCAUCAGCCAGCUUGAGUCGAGCUCAGACCGGCCAGUUUACACAGCUGGAACUUUUCUCAGCAAUGUUCUAAAAGUUGCAUCUUGUUGCGAAUGUUUGGUCUGAACUGGGCUAAAGAAGACUUUAUCUUAAAAGUCACAGACUUUUUACUAUCACAUUCCCUCCAUGUAUUUGUAUGAAUAGUGUUUCAUUGCUGAGCAGUGCUUGAGGGGUAGUUUCUGAUAGGAGGACAAAACAAUAAAAACUACAUAGGACUGCCAAAACAAAUAUGCCCACUUGACCUCUCGAUUUGUUUUUCAGAUAGCUAAAGCUUCAUAUUAGCUUUGAUUUAAAGAAACAUAAUGUAUGCUCCAUGUAACAGCUUUGUUGGAUACGUACAGCCAGACAUGUUUGAACCAGAAUCAAAUUCAGAGCCAGAGGAAACUGACCUGCCUGAAAAUGAACCUUGUUCUUUUCAGUCUGCAGCAGAAUGGUCAUUUUGAUUCAUUUUUUCAAACAACAAAACUCAAUGUCUAUAGUUCUUAAAUAGCUCCAUUGUGUCAUCAAGCAAGCUUUUUAAACACUUCUAAACACACACACACACACACACACACACACACACACUUCUAAACACACAUUUUAUUUUACCCCGACUUCAAGUUUAUAAGGUAUUUUAGCAAAGAAGAACUGUGGACUUUGUCCUGUUUCUAACUGUAGUUGCACUAAGAAGAUACCACAUCACAGCCAGUAUGGAGAGGGGGAAUGACCACAGCAAUAACUAAGUCUUUCAUAUGGCAUGUGAGAAUUAUAGUAAGAGACUUGAGAAAAUCCUGACCUAUCCUUAAAGUCACUGGUAUCAUCCUGUUCCAACAAGUAAUUGUAGGCUAAUGCACGGCAAAAGUGCUACUUUCCCUGGCCUGAUCUGUCGGGUUUUUCUCUCUCAGUAUGACUGUUGGUUGUCUGUUCCAUUCCUUUCAGCAGUGGUUGCGACUGGUCACUGCUUAUUGGCAAAAUUGGUAGUCUUGGAAGUGUCAGUGUUACGAUACUAACAAGUCAUAUGGUUUUUAACGUCACACUAGAGUGUAAAUGGACUACCAGCAGCUGUGAGGAUGAUGUUUUAGGUGGUGUUCUGUGAACUGGCCUUGCUUCUGUGUGUAUUGUAUGUGUCAGUUAAUGAACUGACAGCAGAUGGGACGUAGACAGUGAUAUUUUACUGUUGUGAAAGGGGCUGGGUACCCUUACUUUUCUUACUCAUUCCAGUUAUAUUGUACCAGCGGGUCGGGGUGGGGAUCUGUGAACCAGGGUUGGGAAAGACUUUCUGUCUUUCUCUUAUUUAUUGAUGUCUUUGCGGCUCUUUGAGUCUGAUAAAAUGUUUACAGAGACAUCACUCUUUGCAACAUUCACAUCAUCGCCAGCCGCUCUCUCUAGCAAGAAUGUUCUUUUCGGCACGGUACUGUCUGCCCCUCCAAAUGACUUAUUCUGAUACUGUCUCCUGUAGGGGCAUUUAUAGUGGUUUGUCUUUUAAUAUCUUGAGCAAAAACAAGAUAUCAAACUUUUAAGAAACAUUUUGUUCAUAGGGUUUCACUACGAUGGCAAAUGUUAAAAGAUAGUUCAGAAUUUUUUAAGUGGGGUUGAAUGGGGUACUUAUCCAUAGACCGUAUAUUACAUGCAGUAGAUGUCAGUCAGCACAACCCCAGGUUGGAGUCUGACAUGAGAACAAGGCAAUCUACUGCUGUGGAUGGGUCAGCAACAAAAUGUAUUUUAGCCACCUAAAAAAAAUCAGUGUGAGUGUAUGAUAUAUUGACAGUAUUUUACUGCUUCACCUUGAUGUCAGAUAGUGAUAUUCGAUGGGAAAAUGGAGCUGUUAAUAUUGUUCUCUUUCAAGCCAGACUCCAUUGAGGAAAAAACUGUGAUUUAACAUUGCUGAAACAGGAGCUGCUGAUCUAUUGCUACCUUGAACACUUAUUCUGUUAUUUGUUAUUGUGUGGCUUUGGCAUUUAAAAGGCUAAGUUCAGAUGAAAGUCACACAAUAGAAUUAACUAACUAAUCGAAGAAGCAGCAGAUCAGCAGCUCUUGUGUUCAGUAGGCUAAAAUUACUAUUUUUGUCAAUGGCGUCCAGUGGCUUUGACAAGAGCAUAGAUGGAUAACUAAAGCCACUGGAAUAGGCUGAUGGAAAGGUAAAGCAGUGAAAAUGCUGUCAAUAUAGCAUACACUUAAAUGAUACUGAUUUUUUUCAGGUGGGUCUGUUUUUUUAAAUACGUUUUCUUGCUGAUGUCCUUCCACAGCAUUGCAUUACUAACCUUCCAUGUUGGGCUCCAGCCUACUUUUCCAAACUGGGGGCAUGUCCACUGGCAUCUACUGUAGGUAUUGCACUAACUAUGUGUAAGUACCCCGUACUACCCCACUUGAAAAAUCUGAGCUAUCCUUUUAACGGUAACACUCAAAAUACUGUAAAAGAAACUUGUUAUAUGGUGGGCUGUGUUUUAAACUUGAGCCUAUCCUGUGAUAUUUAAGUGUAGCUUAUGAGUAUUUGAAUGGCCUGAGGCUGCUGGAUGACAGAAACCCACCUUUUCCAUGUGAGAUGCUUUUUAUAAUCUUUCAGCAGAGCCAGGACAGAAUGUCUUUUUAAAAUUUCCAUAAUGUAACGUUGGACCAGGUUUCUUGUGAAUCAGUGUCAUAAGUGCAUCGCCUCUCUGAGAGACUGGCUGUAGUGGAGGACUCAUUAUUUUCCCGUUCACUAAGGAUACUGAAUUAUGUUAGUUCAGUUUGUGUGAGUGUGGUGUCUCCCAAAGAGGACUGAGUUUAUCUCCUGAAGGAGGAGGGAACAAGUGCCACAGUUACUGGAAAUCCAUUCAAAUAGACCUGAAAGGUCUCAUGACACAUUCAAGAUACUGUGAUGCUUUUGGAGAAUUGGAGGGGCAGCACUGGAGGGGGGAAAUCCAGACUUACCACAGCUGUGUGUUUCAGAGAAGAAGAAGAUGAGAGAGCUGUAUCAGAGUAGUUUUGUUUUGUCUUUUCAUAUCUCUAGGUGAAUUGCAAUACUUGUGUUUAUAGUUUCUGAGGUGUCAGGGGUGUUCAGUUUGCAAUAAAUGGUAUAUUCUGCUGUGUACAGUUACAUUUUUUAAUUACAAAAAUCGUAUUUGUCUAUUUUUUGUGUGAUGGUUUCAAAAAGAACAAAAUUAUUAUAAGUGUAAAGGAAAUCUUAGUAUUUUUUUAGGGUUUUUUUGUCUUAAAAUAUUGAUGCAGGAUUUAUUCUUUAAAUAAAUACAUUCAUCUGUUA